GUUUGGGAAGGUCCGGCGCAAGAUGAGCUGAACUCGCUUAUUCUUGAGAAAGGUGCGUUGGUGAAUGUCACUUGGGCGGAUGUGCGGAAGUGGCGUGAGCGUGGAGUUCGCGUCACCAUACUGCCAUCGAAGCUUGUUUUUUCCAUUAAAGCACCUAAUGCCAGGCACAAGGUGAGAGUAGUGGCAUGCGGAAACAUGGGGCCGCCGAGAGAUGAGAGCAAGCAUGAGUACAAAGAGUCCGUGUUCACCUCGUCACUGGACAUAACACAUUUGCGGUCAGCAUUGGCUUUCUCUGCCAAAAGAGGUCAGGAAGUAGCCACGGUAGACGUCAGAACAGCCUUUCUCAACGCUGACUUGCUUCCUCGAUCUAGACAGCUUGCAGAAAAGCUAGCCGAGAGCGGAGAGAGCUGUGAAGGACAAGGUGACAUCCGGGAUUCGGUUCAGGAGUUGGUAGUCCUAACGCCCCCACGGUCUCUCGUACAACGGGGUUUAGUUCGACCUUCCACCCUGUGGAGGGUGGAUAAGGCGAUGUAUGGGCUAGAUACGAGCCCCAGGGACUGGGGUCUUCAUCGAAACUCGGUUUUGAGGGACUUGCGGAUCGUCGUUGGUGACAGGGAAUUACGACUUUGGCAGUCGUUUGCUGAUGAGAACUUGUGGUUGAUUUCGGAAACGGAGCCGAUUCAGGAUUGGUGUGGACCUCAGGACUGGACGCCUUUAGGACUUCCGGCGAAGAUCCUCGGAUGGGUAGGCGUGUACAUCGAUGACAUGAUUAUUGGAGGUGAAAAAGCGGUUGUUCAAGGGGUUCUGGACGCAGUGACGGCUCGGUGGAAAUGCGGGACACCCGAAUGGGUAGGUCAUGAGUCGUCUCGGCCUUUGAGGUUUCUCGGCUUAGAUCUUCAUUGGGGUGAGGGCCGGAACCUUCAUAUUACGCAAACCGCUUACAUCAAAGAGCUCGGAGCCAGAUACCAGGAGCAACUUAGCAGGGUCAAGGCCAGCAACUGUCCGAUGGCCCCGGGGACCGGUGAAAUCGAUGAAGAACCGGAGAAAGAAAUCAGCGACAUACGCAAGGGGCAAAAGAUCUUAGGCGAACUUUUAUGGACAGCGGUUCGUAGUAGACCCGACAUAUCGUUUGCGGUGUCGAAGCUAUCUCAAUGGAUCACGAAGGCACCCCGAAAGGUGUACGACCUAGCACUGCAGACAUUGGCCUACUUGUGUGAUGAGCGACCUCGGGUACAGGUCUUUAACGACAACAUGGCGGCAAUUGCAGGGACCUUGAAAGAAAGAUGGAGCAUGAACUUUUAUGAAAUCUUCCAUGUCGAUGGCGUGCACAACGGGGACGGGGCCAUAGAUUGGGGCGUCUUCAGUGUGAUUGUCAUUGGCGUGGUAGAUGCUGUGUCAGACGAGGAGAGAGAAACCGAGCGGAGGGCUGAGAGAGACGAGAGGCUUAGGCAACGAAGAGUAGGGCAACCAGUGAGACACCCAGAACCAGAUCAGGAACCAGCACCAAAUCGUACGGCCUUCGGCCAGCCGCGUAGCCCACUAAUGACUCAGUAUGCUGAUGACGCUAUCGCGGUGUUGGAUCGGGCGGAAGUGGCCUUUGAAGCCAACCAGCGGAGAAUGUUAGGUUUGCCUCCGUACCCUCUCGUUGUUAUCAAUCCAGCCUGGGGGCCAGCUCCCAAUCAGCCGACGGUCAGAGAAUUGAGACGAGGUCAGGCUUCUUGGGGUGGGAUUGCAAGCUCGCUUCAUCACCGGCCGCCUGCCACGGAAAGACGAGACAGCUACCAGUUGGAUCCAGCCCGUUGGAACACCGAUGAGCGGGAGAUUGUCGAUGACAACUUCCGAGACCAAGCGCAGCGAUAUCUCCAGAGCGAGUGGGUUGGCCGAACAGAGUUCGAGGUACUGCCCGAUCUGUACAGAGCAUUCGUGAGGGAUCCUGCGGAAGUGGAUUGA